GAAGGCGCGGAGUAAAACCUCUCGCUUUGCCUCUUCUUCUUCGCUGAUCGGACAACCAGCGAUUUAUUCCAAGUUUAGUAGCAUUUGGAAAUUGAUUUUACUAUCAAAGGCCAGUUGUUAUCGAACAUUUUAAUUAAAAGGGGGGGGGAAAAGAGAGCAGCGUUGCCAUGGCGAAGAGGAUUGCCGACAAAGAGCUGACUGACCGGAACUGGGAUCAGGAGGAUGAGGGAGAGGAGGCAGGGACAUUUUCCAUCGCUAGUGAUGAUGUGAUGAAGAGCAGGCCCAUCAAGAAGGCCAAACGUCGUGCUGCUGGUUCAGAGGGGCAGAGUGGAGGAUCAUUCAAAGUGUUUAAAGGGUUCUCCCUGGCCCCUACAUCGGGAACCGGGCCAGCCGCUGAGGGGAUCACAGCCUUCUCCGGGUUCGGGAAUGGGGUAGGGUUUAAACCCCUGUCUGGGCUGUCCAAUGGGAACAGUGUCAGACCUGUCACUCCAGCCCUCACCGGGUUCACCUCGCCUACUGCCACCAAGACCACCACACCAGGUUCAUUAACAUUCAGCGGCCCCUCCUCCAGUGCCGUCAUCACAGGGCAGCAGUCUAAUGGUUCCUCCCCCGCGGUUUCCAGUCGGUCUCUCGGCUCCUCUCUCUCCUCUAACAGCGGUAACAACCAGGAAUACAGUAGGCAGCUCACAGCUCUCAACUGCUCGGUCAGGGACUGGAUCACCAAGCACGUCAACGGAAACCCCCUCUGUGACCUAAACCCCAUCUUCAGGGACUAUGAAAAGCACCUGGCCAGCAUCGAGAAGAAGUACGGAGGGAGUGGAGGGACUGGAGCUGCUGUGGUGGCGGACGGAGGCUCAGAGAGCAGUAGCAGAGCAGAGGAACCAGAGGAGCGGGCAGCCAGUACACCACCACCACCCUCCUCUAGCACCGCCGGCUCGACCGCCACGGCCCCGGUGUUCUCCUUCAGUAAGGACAAGGACGGCAGCGCCACGGCCCCGGUGGACAGCUCAGCCGCUCCGAUCCCCGCUGGCGUCAGCUUUAGCUUGGGCCAGAAGGGGAACAGCUCAUUGUUGGGGUCUCUGAGCACCGGAGGAGCUCCUAGUGUCUCCUCCUCCUCCCUGUUUGGAGGCGCUGCUCCUCCUGCCUUCUCCUUCAGUGGGGCCAAAGCGGAGGCUGCCCCCACCCAGACCACAG